AUGAUCCAAGGCGGCACUGCGAAUACCCCAAUUGCAGCCAUUCCCGCCGCCAUUAACACAAAGACGACCUUGCUACUCGGAUUAUGGGCAUCCGUCGAUCAGGCCGGCUUUACCAACGAGCUGACAGCUCUGACCAGUGCAAUCAACCAAUACGGCACUGCUUUCACGGACUUGAUUGUUGGCAUCUCGGUGGGAAGCGAGGACCUCUACCGCAACAGCCCUACAGGGAUCGCAGCUAACAAGGCCAACGAGGGAGUAGAUCCUGAUGUCGUUGCAAAUUACAUUGCCCAGACUAAGGCCGCCUUGGUUGGAACUGCUGCCUCCGCCGCCAGCGUCGGCCACGUCGACACCUGGACUGCCUGGGUGAACGGGUCCAAUGCUGCAGUUAUCAGUGCAUCCGAUUGGCUCGGAAUGGAUGCUUAUCCGUAUUUCCAGAACACUAUUGCCAACUCCAUCGAGCUCGGAAACUCGACGUUCUUUGAGGCGUAUGACAACACAGUUGCCGUCGCCCAGGGCAAGAGUGUAUGGGUCACCGAGACUGGAUGGCCAGUAUCAGGUCCACAAGAAAACCAAGCGGUGGCCUCUGUUGAUAAUGCCGAGAUAUAUUGGCAAGACGUCGGCUGUGCUUUGUUCGGUCAGAUCAAUACAUGGUGGUAUGUCUUGCAAGACGCAGCACCAACAACCCCUAGCCCCUCUUUCGGUAUCGUCGGCUCGGAUAUCAACUCUGCUCCGCUAUACAACUUGACUUGCAGCAACGGAAACAAGCCAGUCCCCUCUUCCAGCACUUCGAGCCGCGCCGCCAAGACCGCCUCUUCUGCUUCAGCGCCUGCCUCUUCGGCCGGUCCCAACACGGAAUCAGUUCAAGCUUCACCUGGACCAGAGACAUCCCCAGCCAGUGCUACCUUGUCGCAAACCACUGCGGCCGGCUCUGGAGCCACUUCGGUUGGCAGCGCCCCUGGAACCACUGUAUCUGCUAUGACUGGUAUGACUACCACCGUUGUAGCGGGCAAGACAAGCACGACCUACCAGACGACCCUGGUCACGAUUACCUCAUGCUCGGAAGGAUGUACCUCGACAGCUUCUAUGGCCACCACUCCGAUAUCCAGUGGCACUGCUGCAUCCCCACCUGCAUCAAGCGUAGCAACCGCUCCUGCCGCUCCCUCCGGCUCCGUAUGCCCGGCCAAUCUCAACGGCGAAUAUCAAUACCCGCAUUUCAUCGUCCCGGUCAACAGCGCCAUGCCCGACAAGGCCUACGGCACACAGUACAAUGGCACUAUCAGCCCAAGCAUCAGCACUAUUUUCAACUUCGAUCUCCCUCAGUCCUAUGCGGGAAAGAUUUGCUCUCUCGUCUUCCUUCUCCCUGAGCAAGCGGCGCUAGAGACAAGUGCGUAUACGCUGAGCGCUCAGGGAGGGAUUACCGUGGGCAAGCUUGAUUUCGCCGCUACAGAGCAGACAACCUACAACAGUGCUAAGCAGCUUGGCUUCCAUCCUGUUGGAAGCAUUGCGAGCGUCAAGCCUGGCAAUAGCUAUGUUGUGUCCAGCUUUGCCUGUGCUGCUGGCGCUAGAGUCGCCUUCGAGUUUGAGAGUACUGGUGGACUUGAUCUGGAGUACUUCCAAGACUUCAACCCAAGUCCUAUUGGAGCUUACAUUACUACCUGCUAA